UUUGAUACACAAGAAGUUACACAGUCACUGAAACUGAAAACAUGAACGUUAGACUCAAAGCUACCCUAAAUUCUCUCAACAUCACCAAAUUCAUCCAAAUUCAGAAAAACCUCUCAAAGCCAACUCCGAAGCUCUGGUCUGAUAAUGGCGGCGAGGUUUCUGACCCAAACGACCAAGGCGUUCACACGUUACGGCGUAGUCACCCCAUCUUGCUCACAUUGGACAAAAUCAACCCCACGCUGCAACAGGUCGACCAAGUUCAUGCCCAGCUCGUUGUUUCUGGAAACUUUCAGCACCCAAUGGCCUCCGGCCGGUUGGUGAAAAAGCUUUGCUCUUCGAAACUCACACUCCCUCACGCUGUGAAGCUCUUUUCCUAUCUUGAAGAGCCUGAUGCUUUCCUAUGUAAUACGAUUAUGAGAGGUUACGUGAAUUUUGAUGAGCCCGAAAAGGCUUUAGCGUUUUAUUAUCAUCAAAUGGUUGAAAAGGGAAUCGUUCAGAAUAAUUAUACGUUUCCGACGUUAGUAAAGGCUUGCGCCGAUAUGGGUUUGCUGAGAGAGGGCCAGAAGGUUCACGCCAAUGUUGUAAAAUGUGGGUUUGAAUUGGAUUUAUAUGUUAGGAAUACUAUGAUUCACAUGUAUGCGGUUUGUGGUAGGAUUGGGGACGCAAGGAAGGUGUUUGAUAUGAGUCCCGAAUCAGAUUUAGUGACUUGGAAUACUAUGGUUGACGGUUAUGUUAAAAAUGGGGAAGUGAAAUUUGCCCACCGGGUGUUUGAUAGUAUGCCUGCAAGAGAUGUUUUUAGUUGGAAUACAAUGAUUUCCGCCUACGCGGGGAUUGGGGAUAUGGAGACCGCAAAGCAGUUGUUCGAGAAGAUGCCUUCCAGAGAUAUUGUUUCUUGGAAUUGUUUGAUCGAUGGGUAUUCUCAAUUUGGAGAUGUCAUUGCUGCUCAGGCACUGUUUGAUCAAAUGGAUUACCGUAAUGUUGUUUCUUGGAAUAGUAUGAUGGCACUUUAUGUGCGGACAAAAGAUUGUAAUGAGUGUUUGAGAUUGUUCGAUAGAAUGAUGCAAGAAGGAGAUGUUAAACCAAAUGAGGCUACCUUAAUGAGUGUCUUGACGGCAUGUGCACACUUGGGGAGGCUAGACAGAGGUGAAUGGGUUCAUUCCUAUAUCGAAUACACCGAGAGAAUAAAACCUGAUGUUUUGCUCUCAACCGCUGUGUUAACAAUGUAUGCAAAAUGUGGAGCGGUGGAUUUGGCUAAACGUGUCUUUGAUGAGAUGCCAGAGAAAAGUGUUGUAUCAUGGAAUUCUAUGAUAAUGGGUUACGGGGCACAUGGGAAGGGCGAGAGAGCUGUUGAAAUAUUCUUAGAGAUGGAAAGGAACGGAGUGAUGCCAAAUGAUGCUACUUUUGUGUGUGUUUUGAGUGCAUGUACUCAUUCCGGGAUGAUACUGGAGGGCUGGUGGUUCUUCGGGUUAAUGCAGAGAGUCUACAAGAUUGAACCUAAGGUUGAACAUUACGGUUGCAUGGUUGAUCUCCUUGGGCGGGCUGGGUUGAUGAAUGAUUCUGAGGAGCUUAUCGGGAAGAUGCCUAUGGAGUCAGGCCCUGCACUCUGGGGAGCUUUACUAUCCGCUUGCAGGACCCACUCAAAUACCGAGCUGGGGGAGAUCAUAGCUAGGCAGAUGAUAAAAUUGAUGCCAGAUGACGUCGGGCCUUAUGUACUCUUAUCGAAUAUAUAUGCCACCGAGGGAAGAUGGGAUGACGUAGAGAAUGUGAGAAAGAUGAUGGCUGAGAAGGGAGUACAGAAGGCAGCGGGGUCUAGCCUGCUCCAAAAAAUACUGGAAUCUUUUCCUUCAGAAUCUGAAUGAGUACUCUACUCCAUCUUGUCUAUAGUUUGUAUCCACAAUCACGGGUUGUGCUGAGUUUAAGCAGUAGCCGGGAUGGCAACGAGGUUGAUCAAGUUAAGAAAAAACUUGCCUAAAGGCAUAUGGUUAAGCUUUGAUUUUGAAGAUUCACAUCCGGUAGGUAUUCCUAGUGUUGGGCGUCGGUCAAGUUCAGCUCGAUUCAAGACAUGGCGCUUGGCUUACCACGGGGGGAUGUUUACGAAGGAUAUGGUAACCAGAUAACCAAAAAACUCCGUGGUUAAGCGAAACCAAGCCGGGCUGUCUUAUGAUCCUUUUAUCUGUAUAUUUUCCUAUCUUGUUUUAUGUUUUCUCUAAAUCUGGAUAUGUCAUCAAUUAUUUGAAUAGGUCUUCCAUAUCAACAUGUUGGUGAAGCCUUGCGGAUGAUUUAUCACUGCUUGUAUGUGGCUCUGGAUGAACAAGGUAAAGCUGAAUAUAAUGUUCUCUCUAUAAAGAUGAUGUAGAUGGAUAUGAGUAUACUAAUGUCAAAUACAGGGAAAGCUUGUGCUAUGGUAUGAUUACCCUCCUGCCCCGGUGUAAUCAGGGGUAUGUCCCGGUGUCACAUGUAU